CGGAAAUGUCCCAGUACGGGGAGGAGAACCACAUCUUCGAGAUAAUGCAGAACAUGCUGGAGCAACUCCUGAUCCACCAGCCCAAGGACCCUAUCCUGUUCAUGAUCAAUCACUUACAACUAGACAACGAUAACGAUGCAGUGAAGCCGACAUUGGCUGGACAGUCAUCUUGAGCGCUGGCCUUAAGGCCACCUGUGCCACCUCCUGUCUCCCUUCACCACCUCUUUCCACCCUCCUUAGCACCUCUUCCCAUUCAUCCAUGGUCCUGUGGCUUUCCAAGUCUGCCCUCCAUGGAGCCUUUCCUCCUUUCUCCACAUGGCAUCCGGUCUGUUGCUCUCAAGCGGGGGCGCCCUGCUUCAUGUAGCUCCAGUCUGUCCUCCUGAAUAGCUGGAGUCAAGGUUUUUGGCCCAGGUGCUCUCAGGGAGUAGAGUCAUUGGACCCCAGUGACCACUGUUUUGGGGGGUUGAUUUGUUCCCACAGCCCUUCACCCCCUCUCCCAGGCCUUGGGCUAGCAGCUCUUAUGGAUGUUGGAACUCUUUGGCUCAAGUCCCAGCUUUUUUAAAUGGAAAGAAGAGAGGGACAUUUGUGGGUUUCCCUCCCCGUGCUCAGGCCUCCACUGACAGGUGCAGCAAAAACAUGGGAGGCAGGGGAGAAGACCGAGAUUUUGUGUGAUUUUUCUGGGACUGGGGGAAACUAGAAAUGGGUUUAACCCAACCUUUGUGUGUUGCACAAGAGGACAGGAGACACAGAGAGGUCCCCUGACAUCCAGUGAGCAUUUCCCCUGCCCUGGGCUAGUGGGUCAGGUUGUCAUGCCUCCUUCCAGCCACAUAGUGGCCUUUGUUAACUGGAAGUUGGGCUCUGAAGCCUCUGCUUUCUGGGCAUGGGUGUUGGGUGGGCAGGAGUUCACUGUGACACACAGUGACAUGGCCAGUGGCCGGUGUAGACAGAGAGGAGGCUCCAGACUCAUCCCAGUGAGCGAGUGCAGGAGGGAACGAGGGGAGCCACCUGCACACGGGCUGGCAGCCCCUUCGCCGUGAGAAAAGCAGAUUUAGUACAAAGUGAGCAUUUACAGUAGCCCUGGGCAAUAUUAAAGCAGGCGAUGGUGUAUAUAAUGGUAUGUUUCGUUUUUUAUCAAACGUUUGUCCAAGAAAGCUGUGUAUUAGAGCUCCAAUACCUAAGGGUUUUCUUGUGAAUUUUAAAUCAUGCUCCUAGUUAAACCUCAAAAGGAUCUGUGGAUGGAAAGGUUUUUUGAUUUCCUUUGAAGUGGUUUGAAGAUGUUGAUUACUCUUGGCAGUCAAGCAGCCUUUUAUGACACUGUUUAUAAAUAAUUACUCAUGAGCAGGGCUGGAGUUUCAAGGUGUUAGAUUUUAAGAAACUGAAAUUAAUCACAUAAAUGUGUGCGAGAAAUUAGGUGGGAGAAAGGCCGCGGAUGUUCCCCUUUUAAAGCGUUUUCAUAGAUGUGUACAAUUUGGGUGCCACUUACAGGAGCCUGGAAGGGGAGGGUUUCCCCAGCAGCCUUCCAUCCGCGUAACUUUGUCAAGAUGAAUGCGCGACUUGGGAGUCAACUCGUUGCCCAAAUGCUCUCGUCGAGAUGUAUCUGCCUUCUCCUGGGGUUCCGCAGGCCCUGAGCACUGUUGGGUCUGGCUCCAGUUCCGAGGAACUUCAGUGGAGGCCUGUGCUUAGAGGCCUGCAGAGGCAGCGGGGCCAUGGACGCAUGAGCCAGACCCACGUCCGCCUGCUGCUCUUUUACUCCGGCUUUAGCAAGCAAGUGUUCUCCCUGUGUGCCGAAGAUUGUAAUCUUGGGUCCACCCGCCUCGGGGAAAACAACUAUAGCAAUGUGGCUUUGCAAACAUCUGAACAGCAAUCUUCUCACUGUGGAGAACUUGAUAGCAAAAGAAUUUUCCUCUCUGGCUGCAGCUGCCAGGAAGCAUUAUCAGAUAAACAAGAGAGUGCCCAGCAUGCAGCUCGUCAGACUGAUUCAGGACCGCGUGAGUGAGGAGGACUGCGUGAGGCGGGGCUGGAUUCUGGAUGGCAUCCCUGAAACUCGGGAGCAGGCUCUGAUGAUCCAGACCGUCGGGAUCACCCCCAGACAUGUCAUUGUGCUGAGUGCUCCAGACACGGUCCUGAUUGAGAGAAACUUGGGGAAGAGAAUCGACCCUCAAACUGGAGAGAUUUAUCACACCACCUUUGACUGGCCCUCUGAAUCUGAAAUCCAGGACCGACUGAUAGUGCCGGUGGGCAUCUCAGAGCUGGAGACGGCUGGGAAAUUGCUGGAGUAUCACAGGAACAUUGUCAGGAUCUUCCCCUCGUACCCCAAAAUCCUGAAAGUCAUCAGUGCCGACCAGCCGUGUGUGGACGUCUUCUACCAGGCUCUGACCUACGUCCAAACCAACCAUCGAUCUAAUGCCCCAUUCACCCCGAGGGUGCUGCUUUGCGGGCCCAUGGGCAGUGGGAAAAGUCUGCAGGCUGCCCUCCUGGCCCAGAAAUACAGCCUCGUCAACGUCUGCUGUGGGCAGCUGCUGAAAGAGGCCGUGGCAGACAAGUCAAAAUUUGGCGAAGUCAUCCAGCCCUUUUUUGAAAAGGACAUGGCAGUCCCCGACAGCCUCAUCAUGAAGGUGCUGAGCGAGCGCCUGAACCAGCAGGACUGCAUUCAGAAAGGGUGGGUGCUGCACGGCUUCCCGAGAGAUCUGGACCAGGCGCUCAUGAUGGACAGCCUGGGCUACAAGCCCAACAGGGUCUUCUUCCUGAAUGUGCCAUUCGAUUCUGUCCUUGAGCGGCUGACCCUGAGAAGAACCGAUCCCAUCACGGGAGAAAGGUACCACCUCAUGUACAAGCCACCCCCAACCACGGAAAUCCAGGACCGUCUCCUGCAGAACCCAAAGGAUGCCGAAGAGCAUGUUAAGCUCAAAAUGGACCUGUUCUACAGGAAUGCCGCGGAGCUGGAGGAGUUCUAUGGGCAGGCCCUCACUAUUAACGGGGACCAGGACCCCUACACGGUCUUCGAGUACAUAGAGAGCGGGAUCAUCAAUCCUCUGCCCCAGAAAGUCCCAUGAGGGCUCAGAGCCGGGAGCAUCCCCCAGGGAAACAAAGUCAACCCCCACCCCAACCUUCUGGAGCCUCAGCCAGGCCAAUAAAGAAUGCUGGGGCAGUC